AUGGCCCUCCCCAGUAAUCAGCCGCUCUGUGGCGGUGACGCACUACCCGCGACCGCCACAUUGCAAAUCGCGAAAGAGGAGCCGCGUCUCGGCAUCCCCACCACUGCAUUGUCUACAGUGGUGACUCGCGGGAAUCCACUUUCUUUCAACGGUGCUGGCGCGGACGGAUCUUCUGGAGCGGCGGUGAAUGAAAAGAAUCGCACCACGAGUAUCGUCUCCGACAUUUCCACCGCGGCAGCCAGUUCGUGUGCGCCCUCGCGCAUGCCUUCCAUUUGUUCGAGUGCAAACUCCACUGUUCCCGCCGUGCUUGCCUCCAAAGGCAACGCCUCUGGUCCCUCCGCGGGUUAUGGUUUCGACGAGAAGACCAAGGCGGCACACUCAGGCCUUCUACCUUGUGGAACGCGGCGCGUCGCACCCGCACUGCCGCAAGGCAUUGAAGCGGAGACAGGCGCGAUCUCAGGCCAACUGAAGGGGUCCGACUUCUCUUUCGUCAGCUCUGCCUGUUCCUUCUCUGUGGAUGCCGCUCCACCUGAGGCGUCGUGCCCGUCCGAAUCGAAGUCCACGCGCACAGGCGCGGACGCUCAAUAUGAAGUGCAGGACAACGCGGCGGCGAGGGGAUACGACUUCCCUGCGCCUCGCCCCGAAAAGACAGGAGCGGAGGUUUCCGCUCGAAACGGUGCCGACAACCACGCACUUUGUCUCAGAAAGGCCACCGCCGCUUUAGCCCAAGGACCCAAGGGGCUAGAGUCGCCUACGAGUUGCCCCGCGUCUUCCCUCUCCACUACCAUCCCGGAUUAUUACUGCGGUGCGGAGGUGGGGUUUGGCGCUCAGGACGGUGGCGAGGCCCCGUACUUCUUCUCGAAGGCUGCCGACGUUGUCGGUGGUCAGGAAGCUCUUCCAGAUGACGGCGUGAAACAAUCCGGGUCUGCGGGCGGUCUUGUGAAGGCGUCGGCUGCUCAGUGCACUGACGCCGCGUCGGGGAACAGGCUGACAGUUCAGCUGUCCCCGUGCGCAGCGUCAGAGACGCCUCAGACUGAUGCAGACAACGCAUCGCUGGUUCAAGCAAACCGAGGGACGAGCUCCGGGAGCGAAGCAGAUCGAACCCUGGAAAUGAUGCUCAUGAUGCUCACACCCCUCGUCGCUCCAGGCUCCAAAGGCGCGUCUCAAGGUCUCGAAAGGAGUGCGAAUCCGCCGACUGCAUCCGAAGUGUCUUCUCUGAUUGCAAAGACCAUCAUGGUACCAUUUGCCGCGCCGGUGUCCGAGCGGGCGGCCAGUGGCGAUGCCGCGAGUUCGGCGCCAACUGCGGUUUCUUCGACUCAGCCCGAAAAGAGUUCGCCCGCCGCAAACGUCGCAGGCGUGGGUGGCUUCGGCCCCAGAAGGACAACAGAAACGUGCGCGGCGGACAGCGUUGCAUCCAGGGAUUCGAACGAGGAAGGCCGUCACGCAGGGAUCCCCUCGCGCGGACAUGUGUCGCACGCCUCACCAGUGGUGCCGCCAAACGGAUCCGACCCGGGUGCUCUCUCCCCCGGGCUGUCGAUACACUUGGAAGCCGCACGCGACGGAGAGAAGGCUGCCAGCAGCCCCCCUCACCGCCAGACCCGUGGAGGCUGGGUGGCGAGCAAGAACGGUGCGGGAUCAAGCGAAGGUUCCCCCUCCGUUCCUUCAGUUCCGUGGUCAGAUCCUCUUUCCUCGCCAAGCGUGGCUUCGUUGAGGUGCUUGGCUGUCUCCGCCAGUUCCUCAGCGUUGCCUUUGUCUCUGUCCUCGUCGCCCAAGUUCGCUGAACUGUUAUCUCCGCCUCUGUCCAAAGCGUCGAUCCGUCCUCCCAUUGCUCUCCCGCCUCCAGUGUCUUCCUUGGCGGAGCUCCCCGCUGUGGAGCCGCCAGAUGCCCCCUCCAGCGGUGCCUUUGAGGCAGAUGUUGCGGCUGCAGCGGACUCGGCGAAAGGAUCGAAUCCAGUCACGAUUCCCCAGCAGCUCCUCGUCGACCUCCAGCUGCUGCUCCUCCUCCUUUUCGAGCAUGUUUGCCAGCUCCUUCCGCCGCUCAAGCGUCAAGACGACGGCCAGUUCUAUGCCUGGCACGUUCAGCGACUCGCAGCCAAAGCACAGGCUACCCUUUUCCACUACGCGGACCUAAUGGCGCCGCUGUGCACCUCCAGUCUGUUUUCCCAGCCCCACUCGGGCAAAAGCACCACGGAUGUCGCGCCGUUUGACACGCCAGACGAACAGAAGGUCGACGCCUCGCCAGAGCCUCACCACGACAGCGGCUUCCCGCACGAGACGGCAACUGCAGCUCUGGAAGCGCUCGAGCUGUGUGCCCAGGGGCGCGGGAACGAGAAGAGUGCCGGGUGGUCCCUUCUCGCCCUGCUGCUGCUUCAAGGUCUUCCGCCCAAUGCGUCCAUCUUUCUCUCCGUGAGCAAGUGCCCAGUCGGGAGAUUUCUGAAAGUUGUAGGCGCCCUCGAACGCGCCUACAGCCUCUACAAAAUGGUCCAAGGCAACGGCGCGGAGAGCAGCAGUACGCCUGGCGGCACGGAAACCACGGUGCCUGGGGGCGAGUCGCCUUUGGAGCAGUUGCCUGGAGUCGACUGCAGCGACGGCGUCUGGCAAGGGCGUGUCCAAGGCGGCCCGUGUUGCAAAACAGCCUGCGCGACGUCCAGUUCUCUUCUCGCGACUGCCCUCGCAGAACAGAAUGGUUCGCCGGAGGCGAGUCACUCGAGCUUCUCUCCGCCUGGCAGAUCGGUCGCUGGACACGUCUGUGGCGUUCCCGACUCUGAAGCCGCGCCUCUCGCGGGGAUCCCGAGUUCGGCGUUUGCCUUUGAGGGCGCGGAGUUUCUCGCACCGGCUCACGCGGGGAGCGGGAACGGCGAGAUCCAGACGGAGCUCUCGGUCCCCGAGACGGCACCCAGAAAGGGUGACUUCACCCCGCGACUGAGUACUGAGAGGAAACUGGGCACUCCGACGGCAGAUCGCCCAGGCGAGGCGACGACCGACUCGGCGCCGCAAAGUUCUUGCACAGCUGGAGGCCUUACGAGGGAAACCGGAGCCGCUUCACAGUUGGUCAGCGGUGCAGAGGCGGUCGGUGGCGAAGAGGAGGCUCUCGCGACACUCUUGGAGCGGCAGCCUCUUCUUCAGUCGGAUUUCGCCUCGGAGCUCUUCCCCGGAGUCGCCCUGAAGGGCACCAAAGAGGACUUCUGCCCGAACGCUGCGUCGUGGCAAGCGGCUCUCGCGUCGGCCUUCAGCUCGCCGCUGUGUCGCCCCGCCAGCGGGGCCAGUCAUCUCGGCAGAAGCUUCUCUCUGCCUGCCGAUGCGUGCGCGCCGGCAUGUGGAGUGGCGGGGACGGACUCGACUGACCGUUUUUGUCGUGACGGACAGGCCAGGGAGGCCGCCGGAGGCUGCCUGUCUCUCGCUGGUCAGUCUCGCGCCAGCAAGAGGAGCCUGAAAGAUCCGAGCGGUCCCGGAGACGCUGUUCAGUUUGGAGGCGCCGCGACGACGGUUCAGCCGAGUGCCGCCAAGAAGGGAGGGUUCGGUUCUGGAAGCGGAUCUCGCAAGAGCCAGAAGAAGCAAGGCGCGGCGACAAACGGCACGGGCGUCGUCUCGCCCGCGUCGUCUCAGCAGGCGCAGGACAUGCGUUGGUGCACGUCGGGCAGCGCAGGAAGCGCCUCCAGUUUCGAGACUUCUUCGCCGGAUGCGCCUUCUCGCCUGACAUCGUGCGGCGAUCUGUACCUCUCUGCAAGUGUGAACAAGCGCCGGCACCCGAGCGUCCAGGCCGAGAUUUUGAAGAACUGCUGUACCGAGACUCUGGCUGAGCGCGGGACCCGGCUUCUGGAUGAAGUUCUUCAGAAACUGCAGCACGGUGGGCUCCAGGCCUCACCGAAUUCGGGGACGGGCGUGAAAGAAGAGCGUGGCGCAGCUGUCUCUGGGGGCGACGGCGACCGCCGAACGAGCGAAAGCAGCCGAACCAGCAGCCUCCACGAGGAGGAGACGAACACGAGCAGUCGCCGCAGCCGGAAGAGUGCCGGCGAACUCGCACUGUUGGCGACUGCGUGCAUGCAGCCUGGCCAGGCACCCAAUGGGGGCGAGUUUUUGAGUGGAGACGCGGCUGCCCCAGGCUGGUGGUUAGCGGACGGCGCUCGCGAACCCCCUACAAAGUGCAGACGGACCCUGGCAGGCGGCCGCACUUGCGCAGAAACUCCGGGGAGCGCCAGCUGUGAAGAGCAGCUUCUCACGUUGCUGCGAAACGCAACCCCCACGUGUGCCAAGGGCGACCUUGCUCUCGGCGUCGCGCUGUCUCCAGGAAAGGACGACUGCAGCGCCGCCGCGGAGAGCGGCAGGCUCGGGGGAGCGGCUGCGGUGUCGGACUUGAUAAAGAAAGCAACUCUGGGAACCCAGGCUGGAGCAGACGUCGACUUCCCGUCCACUUUUGCAAAGGCGUCGGGAAGAGACGCCGAGUGUAAAAAGGCCGCACAGUUCACAGGACCGCUCUCAGGAGAGCAGCGGGCUCUCCUGUCGCUGGGUCAGGCUUCCACAAAAGCCUUCGUGCCCGAAAACUGCGCAGAAGCUGCGGCGAGCGGCAUGGAGGGAAGGAAGAAGCGAGGAUCUGCGUCGUCCUUUGUUCCCGAGCAGGCAGCGGCGCCUGGAUCGAAGACGAGCGGUCAACUGCCUGGUUUGCUGCUAGGUCGCGGGGCGCCGGGUGCGUUCGGGAACUCCGUUGGAGCGAUGAAGGGCGAAAAUGGAAGAACCCCCAACAGGAUGCCGGGGACGAAGGCGGAAGCGUCUCCAGCAGGCGCAGCUGCUGCCAUGGCUGCGGGCCAGGACGAAACCAUGCGCGGCGUCUUCUUCAACCGUUCGCUCAAUCGCUGGGUCUGCACGUGGUCGCGGAAUGGCAAGGAGUAUCAGCGGAGUUGGUCAGCCGGGAAGUACGGCUACGAGGCAGCGCGUCAGCUGGCUCGCCAGUGCAGACUGGAGAAGUUGCUGAGUGGCGAAGCGCAUACGCUUCAAAAGGGAAUGGCGGCAGUGUUCAAGGCCCCCGUCGGGAAUGCCUUCCCCUCGACGCCCAACGUUUUGCCGUCCCAGCACGGAUCGCAGUCUCCGGCGAAGGAGACUGGAGAACGACAAGCGCCGCAGCAGGCCAGGCAUCACGACGCAGUGCCGCCGGCGGUGCUGGCGGAGCAGGCACGGCAGGUGGAUCGGUCUGGAGGCGCCAGCAGAGCCGCUGCAGCGCCUGCGGAGAUCCCUUUCGAGAGCAGCGGAGACCGGGCUUCAAACCAAAACACGGACGUUCUCUCCCUGGACAGAUGCUGUCGACUAUUACUCGAGCAAGAGCUUGCAGUCGCGUUGGGCGAUGUCCGCGCUCUCUGUGCCGAAGCCGGCGUGGCGAAGGGGACCGACGAGCGGAAGUCUAAGAAGGGUAACGACCGGUGCGAUAAGAGUCUUUUGCAGUCGCUGAUGUCCAUGCAGUCGGAUGGGUUGGGCGUCGCUAGGAAGAACAGUCCAGGGAAGAAGAACGCGCCGGCGACGGGCAGAAGCGACUUUGGUCAAAUGGUCAUGCUGAUGAAUGCAUGCGUCGAGCGCGACCAUCCGUGUUUUGAGGUGUCGAGAGGAAGCAGCAGCAGCAGCAGCUUUCCAAGUGGCGCACCCGGAGACUACACCUUCUCUGGGACGUUGGCAGAGACCCAGGCUGAGCAAGUUUGCUUUCACGAUUUGGCGUAG